AUGACGGCAGAGGAGACAAUCAACAUCAAGGAGGCAGAGGUGAUCAAGCUGAUCCUGGAUUUCCUCAACUCCAGGAAGCUGCACAUUAGCAUGCUGGCCUUAGAGAAGGAGAGCGGUGUCAUUAAUGGACUGUACUCUGACGACAUGCUCUUCCUCAGGCAACUGAUUCUGGACGGCCAAUGGGAGGAGGUGAUGCAGUUCAUUCAACCCCUGGAAGGAAUGGACAAGUUUGACAAGAAAAGGUUCCGCUACAUCAUUCUGAAGCAGAAGUUUUUGGAAGCUCUGUGUGUAAAUAACGCCAUGUCUGCAGCUGAAGAUCCUCAAAAUCUGGAGCUCACCAUGCAAGAGGCCGUCAAGUGCCUCCACAGUUUGGAGGAGUUCUGUCCGACCAAGGAGGACUACAGCAAGCUGUGUCUCCUCCUCACCCUCCCUCGCCUCACCCACCAUGCAGAGUUCAAAGACUGGAAUCCAAGCACGGCACGUGUCCAUUGCUUCGAGGAGGCUUGUGCUAUGGUGGCUGAGUUCAUCCCUGCGGACAGGAAGCUGAGUGAGGCAGGCUUCAGGGCGAGCGGGAACCGCCUCUUUCAACUGCUCAUUAAAGGGAUUCUUUAUGAGUGCUGUGUGGAGUUCUGUCAGAGCAAAGCAACUGGGGAGGAAAUCACAGAGGGUGAGGUGUUGCUUGGCGUGGACUUGCUCUGCGGGAACGGCUGUGAUGAACUGGAUUUGUCAUUGCUAUCCUGGCUGCAGAACCUCUCUCCAGGUGCCUUCUCAUGCGCCUUCCAGCAAAAGGUCCUCAACAUCCACGUGGACCGGCUGGUGAAGCCCAGCAAGGCGGGCCAUGCGGACCUCCUGACUCCAUUAAUGAACCGUCUGUCUCCCUGCCCUACCUCGCCCUUCCACCAGAGGCCUCAUUCAGCCGACACCUACAUGUCCAGAUCUCUCAAUCCGGCUCUGGACGGCCUGUCCCACGGUCUGGCAGCGCAGGACAAGAGAGGCAUGGAGGCGAACUCGAAGUCUGCUCUCAGUCGGAGUCUUGUUGAGAAUAAUGUGCAUCAGCAGGAUGAUUCACCUGAGAGGAAGCACCCACAGAGGCUGGAUGGUCCAAACACCACACGAACACCUCUGACCCCUGGAAAAGAUGCACACCUGUCCAAGGGACACUCACACCCUGCUGACCCUGUCUCAGUGAAGGGGCUGGAGCGUUGUGACUCCACCGAGCACAUACAGGAAUUUUACAGGCAGCGUCUCCGUGUGCAGCAACAUCUGGAACAGAAGCAGCAGCAGAGGCAACUUUACCAGCAGAUGCUGCUGGAGGGAGGCGUGAAGCCGCAGGACGGAGCCCAACAUAACCUCACUGAGACCUUCCUCAGCAGAUCCAUUCAGAAGUUGGAAGAGAUGAAUGUGGGUAUUGACCACAGAGGAGAUGAGGCGAUCACACAUCUGGGCCAGCAGUGGAACGGACUGACAGGGAACAACAGCACAUCUAGUCCCAGGACUACCAACACCCGCCACACUCCAGAUACAGGGGUGGUGAGGGACAAGCCAAGUGGUGUGAGCAGCAGCACCCCAUUAAAGACUGGGGGCCACGGCUUACCUUCCCUCUGUGAGUCUCCAGUUCCUGCCAGUCAAAGUGCUGAGAGGAUCAGAGCAUCUUGUCCCACGGUGCAAGAUGAUUCAGGCUGCUCUGCAACACGCAGCACACAAGAGCCAGGAAAGUCCAAAACCCAGUUUAUUAAAGUCAACCAGCUUGAGGACACGCAGGCAGUACGUGCAGUGGCCUUCCACCCCUCAGGAGCACUCUAUGCUGUUGGCUCCAACUCAAAAACCCUGAGAGUCUGUGCCUACCCAGAAAGCCUGUCCACCAGUGGUUCUGGUGCAGUUAAGCAGCCGGUUGUGCGCUUCAGGAGGAACAAGCACCAUAAGGGCUCAAUCUACUGUGUAGCCUGGAGCCACUGUGGACAACUGCUGGCCACCGGCUCCAAUGAUAAAUAUGUCAAAGUCCUGCCUUUCAAUGCAGACAGCUGCAAUGCCACAGGCCCAGACCUGGAGUUCAGCAUGCAUGAUGGCACCAUCAGGGACUUGGCCUUCUUGGAGGGCCCUGAGAGUGGAGGAUCCAUCUUGAUCAGUGCCGGAGCUGGAGACUGCAACAUCUACACUACUGAUUGUCAGAGAGGACAGGGCCUUCAUGCUCUGAGUGGACACACUGGUCACAUCCUGACUUUGUUCACAUGGGGAGGGUGGAUGAUCGCCUCUGGCUCGCAGGACAAAACAGUCCGUUUCUGGGACCUGCGGGUGCCCAGCUGUGUCCGUGUGGUAGGCACGACACUGCAUGGCUCAGGAAGUGCAGUUGCUUCAGUGGCAGUGGAUCCCAGCGGCCGCCUGCUGGCCACCGGCCAGGAGGACAGUACCUGUAUGUUGUACGACAUCAGAGGAGGCCGCAUAGUCCAGUCAUACCGCCCCCACAGCAGUGACAUUCGCUCAGUGCGCUUCUCACCAGGAGCCCAUCAUCUUCUGACUGGUUCAUAUGACAACAAGAUCAUCAUCAGUGACCUACAAGGGGACCUUACAAAGCCCCUCCCUCAGACAGUGGCAGGGGAACACUGGGACAAGGUGAUCCAGUGUAGGUGGCACCCCCAUGACCAGACCUUCCUCUCCUCCUCUGCAGACCGAACUGUCGUCCUCUGGGCACCAGGCCCGUGAGAAUCCAGAUGAAAAACACUGGUUAAGCAACAGCAGCAGCAGCAGCAGCAAGCACAAGUGUCCACAUACAUCCCAGCAUGGGAUCCCUUACUGUUGCAGGGUGUAUGUACCAUAUGUGUGUUUAUGUGCAUACAUAUGCAUACAUAUUGUGAGUAUCAAGAUGGUUAUAUGUUGGUCAGUUUAAAGUUAACUGUGUGAACUGUUGUGUGUGUUUUGUGUGCAUAUGUGUGUGUGUAUAUAAAUUGCGUGACUGAUACUUUUUUCAGGCAGAAACUCCAGUCACUUUAAAAAAU